CCUUGUUACUCCCAACACAAACACACAAAUCGUUGUAUUAAAUAGAGUGGGUGUAUAUAUAACUGUAACUGGUCCUAUAUAUUUUGUCUCAAGCUGUUUGAUUUCUAGGAGUGUGUAAAUAUAUGACUACUCAUUCAAAUUUGAAUAGUCUUUUGAGUCCUUAUAUGCACAAUUUUUUGUAUAUUCUCUCUCUCAUUUCUCUUUGACUACCUCGGCGUCACCAAAACCUCAUUUGACCACCAUUCAUUUUCCCUCCUUUUGCCAAACUCUUCAGGCUUUAAACCCCAAAUCUCAUUUCUACUUCUUUCAGUCAUUUCAUCAAACAGUUGUCUUUCGUCCCUAUAGUCAGUCAUGAAUAAUAGAGGAGAAGCCAAUAAUAGCAUAGACACUGAGCCCACUUCUCUCAAGGUCAGUUUCCAAGACCUUAGUAUUAGCAAUACUAACAGUACUAGCAUUGAUUUUUGUAGUACUAGCUUUACCCUAUCUGAGAAUAAUAGCAUAGGUAGUAAACUGAGUACUGAUGGUGGUUUUGAAGGGAAAAAAAUGGAAUCUUUGAAUGUUGAAUUGGAAAAGGCUGUUGAAUAUGUUGACAGUGAGAAUACCAGUUUUAGUUCAGUUAGUUAUUGUAACAGUGCUGACCCAAAUGAGGCUAGUUUCAGGGGCAUUUGUGUAUCAAAACCUCACAAGGGUAACGAUAUUCGAUGGGAUGCAAUACAAUAUGUGAAAGGGAAAAAUGGAGAGUUGGGCUUGGCCCAUUUUAGGCUUUUGAAAAAACUGGGAUUUGGCGAUAUUGGGAGCGUUUAUUUGGCGGAGUUAAGGGGGAUGGGAUGCUUGUUUGCAAUGAAAGUAAUGGACAAAGGGAUGUUAGCUGGGCGGAAGAAGGUGAUGAGAGCUCAAACUGAGAGGGAAAUUUUGGGCUUGUUAGACCAUCCGUUCCUCCCAACCCUUUAUUCACAUUUUGAAACAGAGAAGUUUUCGUGUUUGCUGAUGGAGUUCUGUAGUGGGGGAGAUCUUCAUUUGCUCAGGCAGCGCCAGCCCGGCAAGCAUUUUACAGAACAAGCUGCAAGAUUUUAUGUAUCAGAGGUGUUGCUCGCCCUUGAGUAUUUACACAUGAUGGGAGUUGUAUACAGAGAUUUAAAGCCUGAAAAUGUUUUGGUGAGGGAAGAUGGCCAUAUAAUGCUGUCAGAUUUUGAUCUAUCAUUGAGAUGUUGUGUUAGUCCCACCCUUCUAAGAUCCAGUGAUGAGCCAUCUUGUGCUCUCUCUUCAUACUGUAUCCAGCCAUCAUGCAUUGAUCCAGCGUGCAAAUUACCUGUCUGUGUAGAGCCUUCAUGCUUUCAACCUUCGUGUUUUAAGCCUCGUCUCUUCAACCAAAAAACAACCAAAACGAGAGGUGAUCGUGCGCCCGUGGUGUCUGCUGGUUCACUUCCUGUGCUGGUCGCAGAGCCAACUGCAGCUCGAUCUAUGUCCUUUGUUGGAACCCAUGAAUACUUAGCCCCAGAAAUAAUUAGAGGAGAUGGUCAUGGUAGUGCUGUUGAUUGGUGGACAUUUGGGAUUUUUCUGUACGAGUUACUUCAUGGUAAGACACCAUUUAAAGGCAAUGGAAAUAGAGAGACAUUAUUUAACGUGGUCGGUCAACCUCUAAAAUUUCCUGAAGGAUCCACAGUUAGUUUUGCUGCGAAGGAUUUGAUCCGAGGUCUACUUAUGAAGGAUCCUCAAAAACGACUAGGAUUUAAAAGAGGUGCUACGGAGAUCAAACAACAUCCUUUCUUUGAAAGCGUUAACUGGGCUCUCAUUCGAAGUACUCAUCCUCCAGAGAUUCCUAAGCCAGUCGAUCUUACAUUUUUUAAACAAUCGUGCAAGUCAUCGUCUCAUGCAAACGAGAAGGCUGCUUCUGAUUCGGAUAGAUCAUCUGGUCCUUAUUUAGAUUUUGAAUUUUUCUGAAUAAAUUUUUGAGGGUGGAUUUGUAGGUGUCAUUCUUGAUGCAACUAAAUGGCCAUCUUUGAUGUUCAUUUUGGUUAGAAAGUAAUUUGUUUCACUUCA